AUGGAGUUUUACUACAUAUUCAACGUUGCGCGCGGGCAUCGAUUUCAUGUCGAAGUUUUGCCGCAAUGGAAAGUACGCCAGUUACAAGAAAAUAUAGCUCAUUUAACGGGGAUACGUGUCGAUGAUCAGGUUCUUUUGAAAGGAUGCGGAGAAAUUCUGGAUAGCGAAAGUCUAAUCCAGUGCAGCCCUAGUGAAAAUAAUGCAGAUUCACCUGUAUAUCUUUUUCAACGAAGUAGCCGUUCGGAAAGAGAGGAUAAUCGACAUUGGGAUCAAGAAAUCAACGAAAUUACAAGUAUUAUAGAUGUUUCCAUUGAAAAUGCGUGUAGCUCUGAACGGGAUCCUGACCUUCAUCGUGCUUAUCUCAAUAUUCCUUUACGAGCUAGAGAGUGCCGAAAUGCAUCGCAAAGUGCCAUCCAUGCUUGUGCUCGUUUCGUUGAAGAACAUCGUUUGAUUCAUCAGGGAUGGAUGGCUCUUGUGAAUAAUAUGGACGAUUCCGUUGUGCGUCUGAAGAGGAGGGCAGCUCGUUUUCAGCAUCAAGUCGAUAAGGUCAGGUUUUUCUACUUCUUCUGA